AUGUUUGUGGAAAUGUUUGUUAAGAAGAAAGAAAUUUCACCAAGUUUUUCUUUUGAUUUUGAGGUUGAUGAUACUAAAUCUCUAUCGAAGGCAAUUUGGGCAGAUGGUAUUAGUAGGAGAAACUAUUCAUUGUUUAAUGAUUCGAUAUCUGUGGAUGCUACUUAUGAUUCCAUUAUAACAGACCAAGAUCCAGCCAUAAAAAUUGCUCUACCCAAUGUUUUUGACAAGUCUAUUCAUAAAUUCUGUUGUUGGCAUAUAAUGAAGAAACUAACUGAUAAAGUUUCUAUUGAGUUACGUAAUGAUGAUGAGUUUUUAAGAAGAAUUAAUAGACUUGUAUAUAAUAGGGAUAUUGAGCCCUAUGAAUUUGAAGAUCAGUGGUCAAAAAUGAUGUCGGAUUAUGAGCAUGCUAAUUUAAGAAAUAAUGACUGGUUGAAUAGUAUGUAUGAUAUUAGAGAAAUGUGGGUGCCCGCAUAUUUUAGAGAUCUUUAUAUGGGUGGUUUGCUUAGAACAACAUCUAGGUCGGAAAGUGAGAAAAAUUUUUUCAAUUACUUUGUGAACAAAUUUCUUACAUUAGUUGAACUCCAAAUGAGGUUUCAAAGUGCGAUGGAUGUUCAACGUUAUAUGAUGCAAAAACUAGAUAGUGAAUGCAAGUUAUAUUCUGCACCUUUGAAGACUCGUAUCCCUCUUGAAAAACAUGCUUCUAGUGUCUACACAGAUGUUGUUUUCAAGGAUUUUCAAGAACAAAUUCUUAGCGCACGCGAUGAGUGUGGUUUUGAAAAGAAUUUCGUUAGAGAUGGCAAGGAUGUGUAUCGUGUGGUACAUUUCAACAUUGGGACAAUUUUUGAAGUUGUGUAUGAUGCACAAACAUUGUAUGUUGAUUGCUCUUGUAAGUUAUUCAAAAGAGUAGGAGUCUUAUGUAAGCAUGCAUUAUGGGUUUUGCAUGCAAAAGGCGUUAAAUAUAUACCAGAACCUUACAUAUUGAAAAGGUGGUCAAAAGAUGCUAGCAAAACACCUGUCUAUGAUAUUGAUGGCACAUUAUUGGAUGGUAAUAAUGCUAUGGAAUCUAGAAAAGAGGUUUUAGGAGAUGUUUGGAAUGAGGUGCAUCGAUGCAUUAGUUUGGCAGAAGAUGAUGAGGAUGAUUUGGUUGAACUUUUGCACAAAAUGAAGUUGUAUUCAGCUGAGCUUUUAGCAAAAAAGAAUCGUGGGGUUGAGAAGACAAAACGUCAAGAGUUAAAAAAGUUUUUGGGUUGUGAAGCUUCUAAAACAAUUACAAUUCUAAAUUCUAAACAAUCUUCAAACAAAGGCAAGAGGAAAGAAAAAGAUCCAAAACAAAAGGAUACUGAAGAUGAAGAAGAGCAAAGGGUGACCAAGCAAAGACAAUGUAAAAGUUGUGGAAAAGUUGCAGGUUACAAUAGUCGUACAUGUCCACAUAAGAAAAAAUAA